AGAUUAAAAUAUUCAGGUCCGUCGGAUCUAGGGUUCUAGAGCUGGUCUGGCUAUGGAGCGGGAAGUGCCCGACAUCUCUAGGUGGGUAAUCGUCUACCCUGUUUACAUCAAUUCGAAGAAGACGCUGGCGGAGGGCCGACGCAUCGCCGCCAAUCUUGCGUGCGAGAACCCCACUCUCGGUGAGAUCGUCGAAUCGUGCCAUCUCCUCAAGCUCUCCACUGCCGCCGAGCCCGAGAAGGCGUAUUCUCGGGAUUUCAUGCAAAGAGGCCGGGUGAGAGUCCAGCUCUUCCAGAAGAACGCUCCAAAGACUCCAGUGAACCCCGGCAUCACUUCGAGGAAAGCUCUAAUGCUCAAGAUCGCCGAGCUGGUUCCCACUCGAAGGAGAGACCAUCAAAGCCAUGCCGCGGCGAGCAGUCAUUCUGGAGCUUCGGCAUCUUCCGGGAGGGGAGGAAAGGGAGGCAGGAAAAAGAAGUGAUCGAUCGUUUCGAAUCACGAUCGAGCGCCAGGAGGUUUGAGAUGAAAGUCUUUUCAUCCAUAAAGGCUCAUGUUAAAUCAUCAACCUUUCAGGAAAAUGCCUUGAUCAAAACGUUGUCAAUCCAAUUUCUUUCAUUUUGCUCGUGA